GUUCUCCGAAUAUUUUCUUAAAUUUUUAUUUUUUAUUUCAUCAAAAUCAUUAAAAUACUUUGUCACGUCUGAAAGUUAACAAUGCCUGGACCCACUGUAGCUUAUUUUUAUGAUCAGGAUGUAGGAAAUUUCCAUUAUGGUCCUGGACAUCCUAUGAAACCAUACAGAAUAGCUCUUACUCACGCCCUGGUUCUCAAUUAUGGCUUGUACAAGAAGAUGAAAGUGUAUCGUCCUUAUCGGGCCACAUUUCAUGACAUGUGCAGAUUCCACUCUGAAGAAUACAUCGACUUCUUGAGAAGAGUCACACCUCAGAAUCAACAGGGCUUCACCAAGUCACUGAGUGCUUUUAAUGUCGGAGAAGACUGCCCAGUCUUUGAUGGACUCUUUGACUUCUGUGCCAUGUACACUGGUGCAUCUUUGGAGGGAGCUGUCAAACUUAACAAUGAUCAUUGUGAUAUCGCUAUAAACUGGUCAGGAGGAUUGCAUCAUGCCAAAAAAUACGAGGCCUCGGGGUUUUGUUAUGUCAAUGACAUAGUGAUAUCAAUAUUAGAACUUCUCAAGUACAAUUCACGUGUGCUGUAUUUAGACAUAGAUAUUCACCAUGGUGAUGGGGUACAGGAGGCUUUUUACCUUACGGAUCGUGUCAUGACAUGUUCCUUCCACAAGUAUGGAAACUUCUUUUUUCCAGGAACAGGUGACAUGUAUGAGCUGGGUGCGGAAAGUGGUCGUUACUAUUCACUGAAUGUACCGCUCAAGGAAGGUAUUGAUGAUGCAACAUACAUGCAGGUGUUCAAGCCAAUAGUUCAGGCUGUAAUGGACUUUUAUCAGCCAACAUGUGUUGUCCUACAGUGUGGAGCUGAUUCUCUUGGCAGUGACAGAUUAGGCUGUUUUAACCUCAGCAUCAAGGGACAUGGGGAAUGUGUUAAGGUGGUGAAAAGCUACAAUAUUCCAAUGCUGGUUCUAGGAGGAGGGGGAUAUACAAAGAGAAAUGUAGCCCGGUGCUGGACAUAUGAGACGUCAGUUUUGUUGGAUGACGAACUUAGCAAUGAACUACCUUACAAUGAAUACUUGGAAUAUUUUGCUCCUGAUUUUUCGUUACAUCCAGACAUCUCAACAAAACAUGAAAAUCUCAAUACAAAACAGUACCUGGAUCAGAUUCGGUCGACAAUACAUGAAAAUAUGAAGUGUUUGAUCCAUGCUCCAAGUGUCCAGAUGCAGGACAUCCCGUCAGACCUCCUGAGUCUGGAGGACAACGAGGAGCCAGAUCCAGACAUUCGGGACAACCAGGACGAACUGGACAAAAGAAUUGAGCCUGACAAUGAAUUUUAUGAUGGUGAUAAAGACAAUGAUAAAGAAAAUGGAGAUGGAUUUCUGGACGUUUGAUUCAACAGAAUAAGUGUUUGAAGAUAUCAAAGUGCUCCAGUCUAUAAAGACAGCAUCAAAGUAGUGCCAUUAAAAGCAAACUGACAUCUACCAACCACAAAUGAAGAAGAUUAUUUGUUGUAUUGUGUUGGCUUUACUGUUUCAAAAGAAUAUCAUAUUAAGCUACUAAGAGACAAAAUGUGUUGGACAUGGCUAUUUUGUGUUGAGUUUACUAUCCGAAGGCUUAAAUUAAUGGAAAAUAAUUUGUUGUUGUAUGAGUUUACUUUUAAAAGACAUUGGAGCAGGCUCCAUUUUAAAAACAAAAUGGGAGGGGUGUGUGGUCAAAAAAGCUGAUGCAAAGCUCUUUCCGGUAUGGAUAUAAAAUGUAAGUAAAACUUGCAGACUGACCGUUUUGAAAUGAGACACAAAUUUCAGAUCAGAAACAAGCAGCAAUAGCAUAUUGUACAGUUAUCUAGUUUAAAUUAAAAAACAAACUAGCAUGCUGGUGAUCUUGUACAGGAGAGGAUUUACUGUGCAAAUGAAAGGCGUGACAGCUGGCUGUAUUGAAGUAUAGAUGUGAAAUUUGUGGGGGUGGGGGGAAAACAUGUUGCCUUUGACUCGGUCAAAACAGUGCUGUUGCUUAUGGUUAUUAGACAAAGCAUGGCAGCAUGGUGCCUUUGUGACAUAAACUGCAUUCUCGUGGGCAUCUCAAUAUUAAGCAGCUUAAAAGGAAUGCAGUUUAAAGCACAAAAUAUGGCAGCAAAUGAUUGUAAUGUGGAUGUGAAGUCACACAAGUGGUGAUCUUUAGUGUUGUAAUGUGAUGAGUCUGUUUGUGCAGGCGUGUGGGCAUUUGUUUAUGAUUGUUCAACUCCACUGCAGAGAUGAAUAAUGGAAAAAUACUUACAUUUCAUUCUCAUUGAAUGCAUUUAGUUUAUGUCUCAACAUGUAUUUAAAACAUCCUUUACUUUAUUUCUUUUUACUUUUCAUGCCACAUCUAUUAAUUUGGACCAGACUUAUGGGAUAGCAGAGUAACAAUGUUGAUUUUAUACUUUACAAUUAUCAUUUAAAAACUUUAGUCACUGACAGGACAUUCCUGUGCUAUCAUUUUGGUUUUGUACACAACACUUUUUUUUUUUUAAUGUUAUAUUUAACAAAUGGUACCAAAAAAAAUUUCUUUUUAACAAUUUGUUUUUUUAACUUUAAAAAAAUAUAUUGAUAUGUGAAAAUAUUCUCUUUAAAAUGAAACCAGCAGUUAUUUUGAAAGGUGUGAAACUAACCUGAGAAAAAUGUGCAUCCCAUAGCUCAUUUAGUUGGUUUGAGUUUGAAUGACAUUGGUAUUCGAAUUCAUUUUGCAUUAAUCGACAACAACAAUAAACUGGUAUAUGAUGCAUCCAUUUUCAGAACUUUGAAUAACUUUUAUUGCAAACUUGUAAAUUGGGGGAGGGGGGGGGGGGGAUCAGGAUUAUUAAUGAAUCGGUGUUUGAAGAAAAUGUCUAAAUAAAUAAAAUUACAAUGAUUUAUUUAUUGCAUAUGAGGCAAAAAUGAUGGGGAAAGAAAGUCCUGUCAUCUACCUAUAAAUACUUUUUGUUGGGAGGAGGAAUACAGGGCAAGCUCUGGGUGAGCAGAAAAAUUCGCCAAAUCAUCUUAUUUAAACUUCAAAAUUUUCUAAUAAAAUAACAAUUAUUACAUAAAAUUUAUUUGCCAAAUUAAAAUAAAAUUUGCCAAUUAUUUUUAAAAUUCACAAUUGGCGAAUUUGGCAAGUGCCAGAGCCAGCCCUGGAAUAGAUGUGCUAUGUUACAUUGGAGUCAGGGUUAUAGCAUGUUUAUGUUCAGUUUUAAUCAUCAGCAAAUUAUAAAUUAAAAAGUUAAUCUCAGCAUCUCUCAGAUCUGGUCACCAGUUAGUUUAACAAUCAUAUAUUUGAUUUAUUGCCACUGGUUUUGUACAUAUGAAACAGCUUGUAUUUGAAAUGCUUGCCGUAUGUAUUGUUUGUGAAUCUAGAUAUUUAGUUUAAGCCAUAUGUUUUUAUAAACAUGGGUCUGGUUGUUUCUGUUGAGCUGGAUUGAGACCUCCGAACCCCAACAAGAAAACAAAAAGGAAAAUUCAACUUCUGCAUUUGGCUCCAUUAAUGUUUUGUGUUUUACUCCAUUUGUCAAGAACUAUAAGUGAAACUUUGUUUGUGGUUACAUGUUUAAAAUAAUAGUAAUUUUUAUUUCUUGUAAAGAACAAGAUUAAUCAUGAAUGUUACAUCACAAAUCAUUUCUUUAUUCGUGGAAUUGGUGUACGCUAGGCAAGACAUUUAAUUCCUAUUAUUAUUUAAUAAUUGAGAAUAGAUCAUGCACAUUCAUUUCAUUCCUUUGAUAUGUCAUUCUUCAGUAUAUUGUUACUGCCUUUUCAUUGUUGUUUUACAAUGUAUUAAAAAUAACGAUGAUCGACUUAUUGUCUCAAUGAUUGAUUAUAAUCGAAAAUUGAUUUGGUUUAGUUCUACCAAUGUGAUGAUCGAUCAUAAAAAUCCAUAAUCGAGUGUGGGAAAAUAUUAAAUUUAAGUGUGUCGCCAGUUAAGAAGAUGAAAGUGAUGUAAAUAUGUUGGGAUUGGUGUUUGUUUUUAUAUGUACAUAAAGAAAACAGAUUAAAUAGUUAUGAAAGGUAAAACUAGCAAUUUGUAAGUUCUAGAUCUUGGUAAUCUUGGAAAUAGAUACAUGGCCCUUUAUAAUUCAAAUCAUUCUUUGUUCAUAUAAUUCUAAUGGAAUAUGGAAUCAAACGUUGAUCAGUUGGUGCCAACUGAUUAUAACCGAUGAUGAAAUUCCAACCAAUUCCCAACACUAUAGACUUGCAUCAAGUUGAUGUUGUAUCAAGGGACCUGACCAUAUUUUUUAACAGCUGAAACAUGUUUAUUAAAACUAAUUGUACUUGUAUUUUGCAGUUGGUAAACAGUGUUAUAAAAUGGGAAGCUUUCAUCUAACAAAGAGGUGAACAAUUAUUUUUAAAUAAUUUAAAUCUGAAAAAAUUACAGUAUAUUGGUGGCUUUAAUUACAGUCUAUUGGUUCAGAUUCAUUAUGUUUUGCAUUAUGGUUCAUUUCGCUAAAAUAAAAACAAUUUAUAUUUGUUUCAUUCACAAAAGAUUUUUAUGUAUGUAUAGGAAAAAAGAAUCUCAUGUUUAAUGUUGUCACUUUUGUCAGUAAUUUUGUUUUUGUUAUUUAUGUAUAUUUUUUGCAACUUGUUAUGUAGUGAAAGCUAACAUUGCUUCAUUUAAUAUUGUCAUCCAAUGUUUUUAACAAAUCGGUAACCAUGUAAUAAACUAAACACAAAAG